CUGCCGGUUGAGAGCUCAGUCGGUGUCCGCCAGGUUGAAAAUCCGUGACUUCUCUUCAUUUUAUACGUAACUUUUCACAGUUUUGUUAAAACGGCGCGAAAAAUGUUAAAAACGAAAAUAUAAAAUAUAACGAGACAUAUAUACCGUUGACAAUUAUUUUUUAUCAGUGUUCGAUAAAGAAUUCAUCGAUCAAAUUAGUGAUAAAUAUCACGUUUCUUUAAAUUUCCAGAAAAACGUUCGAAUAAGUUUUUUCUGUGCGAACUUGAUAGCAGUGCAUGAGAGUGCGCGCACUAAUACCAGCGCGAUCCCACGCGUAUCGCAAAGAACGUGUGUGUGUUUACAUAUGGUGAUCUGUGUUGACUGUGUAACUAUCAUCAACCGAAUAUUGUGAUUUUGGAUUGCAGCAAAUUUUGGAGCAACUAAUUAAUGUUAUCGGCUACUUUGUAGACAUGCUUAGGUUAAACAGCAGUAGACAAUAACAUUAGAUGACACACCGGCACGCUUAAUACACGGAUGAACAUACACUAGCGCAGUCAUGGCAAAGACAGCGAUUUUUGCGUGGAUUUGCCGCUUGCUGUGCGUGUCCUUGUGCUUUCACAACGUGUCUUCGAAAGCUGGUUUGUGCGAGGUAGAGUCGGGCCAGUCGAACAUCAUCCUCGACAUCGAGGAGAGCAGGGGAGAUGCGAUCGAUCAGAGGACGGUGCCCGAGGAGCUUCCUGUAUCCGGCGACCCGUACAACGAGACCACGCUGGAGCUGAUCUUUCCCGGAAGGCAGCCACGUUUCAAAUUGAACGGGAAGAGGCUGCAGCUGCUCGAACCUUUGGACAGGGACGACGAGAAUCUAUCGCACGUGGUUUUUCAGUUGAGCUGCACGGUAAAACAGACGAACAAGAAACGGACUAUACCGGUGAUCGUUCGAGUGUCGGACAUAAACGACAACGCGCCCAAAUUCAUCAAUACGCCGUACGAGACCACCGUGCCCGAGUUGACGCCAGUCGGCUCGACCAUCUUCAAAAACGUGGUGGCCGUGGACGCCGACGCCGGUGUGAACGGUAUCGUCGAGUACUCGAUCGCCCCCGGGGACGGAACUGGAAUCGGCAACAAUGACGGAGUCGGCCGAAAUAGAAUCACGACCGCCGAUGGAUACGGUUAUUUCAGCAUCAACUUGCCUCAUCAAGGCCAAGUUACUGUUAACCGUACCCUCGACUUCGAGAGGACGCAGCGAUACCUCGUCACUAUUUUGGCCUCGGAUCGAGCGAGGAAUGUGUCUGAAAGGUUUACGUCCACCACUACGCUUACGGUGAAUAUCAGGGACGACGAUGAUCAAGAUCCUUCGUUCAUCUACCAAGGCUGCAUGCUGUUGGACGGCGCGUGCAUUAAUCCGGAAUAUUCAGCGUCGGUAUCGAGCGGAGUGUUAUCCGGGAUACUUAAUAUAUCGCCGGAGAAAAUACAAGCCGUUGAUAUGGACAGCAUAAACGCGCCCAUCCAUUACUCGUUCCUCAGUGGCAAUCCACCGAAUUAUCGGGAAUUUUUCGAAAUAAACCCGAACACAGGCGCUGUGAAGCAAAUCAAGGCGGUCGACACCACGGUAACCAAGAGGUUCGAUAUUAUCAUCAAGGCUGUCGAAGUGUCAGAAGCGAAACGAUCGGCCACAGCCAAAUUGACGAUUACAGUGAAGCCAGUGGACAGCAAUCCUCCCAUUAUAACGGCGUCGAGCAUAGAGGGAUUCGUGGACGAGAAUGCUCCGAUUGGGACGAAGGUUAUCGACAAGGAUGGCGAUCCUAUAGUGCUCACCGUUUCGGACGCCGAUCUGGGACCGGACGAUCCGAAGCCAGCUUACUCCUUCGAGUUGACGACGAAUUUUUUCGCGAUCGACCCGUCGGGGAUGCUGGUCGUGAACGAGGAGAAUUUGGACCGCGAUCCACCGAGCCCGGGCCGCUUCCGGUUCCAAGUGGUCGCCAGAGAAAAAACGGGUGUCGCCGCUUCUGCGCCAUUGUCCUUCGUUGUGAUAUUGAACGACGUUAACGACAAUGCACCCAUGCUCCCCAUGAUACCGCCCAUCACCGUCCAAGCUGGGGAAACGAAGAAAGUCGUCACGAAGGUGGAGGCUACGGACAACGACGAGGGGGAGAACGCGGAGAUAACGUACAGCAUUUACCACGUGUCGAACAACGGGUUGCACAAAUUCAAGAUCGACCCGAGGACGGGCGUGAUAGAAUCCGUGAGGAAGCUGAACGCUGGCGAACAGUUCAGCAUCACGGUCCAGGCGACCGACAAGGGUGGAAAAUAUUCGCAGACGAUCGUCGAGGUGAACGUGAUCCCUGGGCCAAACACGAGGAGCCCCGUUUUCCAGCAACCCGUGUACGAGGUGCAAGUGAGCGAGGGAGCCUCGAUCAAUUCCACGGUCGCCACCAUCACUGCAGUCGAUCCAGAAAACGAUCCAGUUUCGUACUCGAUCGUCUCUGGGAACGACCUCCGCCAAUUUGCGAUCGGCGACAAAUCGGGCGUGAUCACCGUCAUAAGGAAAUUGGACAGAGAGGACCUGACCCGUUAUCAACUGCUGAUAAAAGCGGAGGAUUCGGGUGGCCUGUUCAGCACGGCGACGGUGAACAUCAAAGUGACGGACAUAAACGACAAGAAUCCGGAAUUCGUCGGCCUGCCUUACGAAUUCUCGGUGAAGGAGGGCGAGGCCAGGAAAUUGAUCGGCCGCGUGCACGCGGAGGACGCGGACGAGGGGAUAAACGCGGAAAUAACAUACUUCGCCCCCGACGAUAUCCCGUUCACGGUCGAUCCCGAGACCGGGGACGUGCUGACCAAGAUCGUCCUCGAUUACGAGCAGAACGACGAAUACAAAUUUGUGGUGACCGCGAGGGACGGCGCUCCUGAUUAUCGUUUAGCAACGGCAACAGUGACGGUGAAAGUUAUAGACGUGGAGGACGAGGUCCCCGUUUUCCAUCAGAGCAGCUACGAGGCACGAGUCAAGGAGAAUAUACCGGAUUACACGGUGCUUCAAGUAACGGCCGAUGAUCCGGAUACAAAGAAGCAGAUCACGUACAUGAUCAAGCAAGGGGAUACCGAACUGUUCGCCAUAGACCAGAGGACAGGAGUGAUAAAAACGACCCGUGGUUUGGACUACGAGAGAGAGAGCCAACACAUCCUUAUAAUCGGCACCGUGGAGAACACGAGCGAUCUGCCUGGCUCCACCACGAGAGUCGUGGUCAACGUCCAGGAUGUUAACGACAUCCCGCCAGUGUUCACGUCAGUUCCUCGCCCGAUUACGCUAGACGACGACAUUCCCAUUGGCACAACGGUCAUUAAUCUUAUAGCGACGGAUUCGGAUGGUACUGCACCCGGAAAUCAGGUAAGAUACGAAAUCGUGGGACGCGGAAUAGCCAACAAAUAUUUUAUGAUCGAUCCGGACACCGGUGUGCUCAGAGUGAGGGACGAUUUGCGAAAAGAAACGGACACCGAGUAUCAGGUCGACGUGCGGGCGUACGACAUGGGUGAGCCUCAAUUAUCCUCGGUGACUACGGUGCCCGUUUACGUUCGCCAUGUUGCCACCGUGCCUCCGGAAAUCGGGUUAGGAUUCGCGGAAAACUCGUACAACGUUGAGGUGCCGGAGGACGCGGGCGACAACACUCUUAUCAAGAUAAUCACCAUUAUAAACAGCCACGCUCACGACACGACCCCGUUGAAAUGCGAGAUUUACAGCGGGAACGAGGACGAUUUGUUCGAGGCUGGCGUCACGGAGGAGAGAAAUUGCGCCCUAAAAUUGAAGAAAGGCGCUUUGGACUACGAAACGACGGAAUCUUAUCAAGUGAAAAUUAAGCUCGAGUCUCUAUCGGGCCUGUUGAAUUCCGGCAGGAAUACGACCAUGGUGAAGAUUCAAGUGGUGGACGUGAACGACAACAAGCCAGAAUUCAUCUUCCCCGAAAACGAUCCAAAAUUGUCGAGGGGGCGUUACUUCGCCGCGAUUCCGCGGUCGGCGCAGUUCGGUUCGACGGUGAUCCAGGUGAAAGCCCACGACAAGGACAACGGAAAGUACGGGAAGCUGGAAUACAGGAUACUGGGCGGACGGGGAUCGGAUUACUUCGCGAUGGACACGUCUUCCGGUAUAAUCAGAACGACCGCCACCUUCGACAACGUGGACCCGGCCGAGCUUCCCUUCAAAUUCGACGUUCGUGUUCGGGAUAAUCCAAACUCGACCGACAACUUCAACUCGAUCGUUGCCCCCGUCAUAGUGAAUCUCAUAGGCGAGGAGAAUCUGAUGAUACUCGUCGUCCAGGACGCGUCGCCCGACUCGUUGCAGAAGGAGGCGUCCAAGAUUGCGGGCAUAAUCGAGGAGAGGAGCGAGCUAUUGAUCGGGAUAGACAGGAUAGCCGUGCGAAAGAACUUGACGAAGAAUGGAACCAUCGAGAUGUAUCCUCAGGAUUCGGACGUGUGGUUCUACGCGAUCGAUCCGGACACCGAAGCUAUUUUGGACAGGAACAGCUCGAGGAUACAAAGAUCGAUAUUCGACAAGACGGCCAUGUCGAACAUCACUUUCGACGUGUCCACGUUGGUUCGAGCCAACGCGAUAGACAUCCACGCGCCAGUGAUGCCACCGGAGCCGAUACGAACUCAGACCGCCAUUGCUUUCAGCGGCGAGGUCUUCCCGUACGCGUUGAUCAUCAUCGCCUGCGUCAUACUGAUUCUAGGCGUUGCUGGUAUAGUCUACAUUUGCGUGUCCUGGUCCAGAUACAAAGCGUACAAGGAACGGAUGCAGCGAAUGUACGUGGUGCCCCGUUACGAUCCCGUGUACGUGGAGCCCAAUUUGAAAGAGUACGAGACGCAGGUGCUUCAAAUGAGCGUGCCCGUCGACGACAACGACAGUUACAACGACCUUCAGCUCGAUUUCAGCAAUAAGAAUCACGCGUUCAGCCUGGACAACGUUAGCUACAUUACCAAAGAUCACGGAGAGAGUACCGGUCAACAGAGCCCUGUAAGCUCGGAGGCGGCGACAACAGCGCGCGCCUCGAGCAUAGCGGGGACCCACGCGGACGCGAACAUCCACUCGUUGCGGCGAUCCACGCUUGGAAGAAAGAACAACGGCAACAACGCGAACACCGCGUUGAACAACCACGACGCGACGCCUGUGCUCAACCCGCUCUACAACCACGGCAACGACUCGCUGCUCAGCCCGAGCCCAUCCAACGACAACGUCACGUUCAGAGAGAAAAGGGACUAUUCCCAUCUGGGAUUCACGUAUCUGGGCGAGCAGAGCCCGGUCGAAACCACCACCGAGUUGUAAAUCAACUCGUUUAUUUCCAACGAGUUAUAUCUACUUCUCUCUUUCUCUCUCUCUCUCUCUCCCUCUUCCGUUUCGGCCAUUUUUCCGUGCGGAGUAGGGGAGGAGCUACUCUUUCCUCGAUAUACAUCUCGGAGAGAGAAAAAUUUAUUCGCGAGAGUUUUUUUUACAUCUCUCUCUCUGUGAAUGAGAACACGAGGGGAGAGCGCUUUUUAUUUAUCGAGAUUAAUUUCACGCCGGGAGGGGGAGGAAACGUUGUGUAACGUUGGUAGGUUUUUAGGCACGAGUUUGAAAGCCAACGGAUUCGUUUUCUUUCGAAGCGCGCGCAUGCGCGAGAGAGAGAGAGAGAGAAUUUUGUUCGCGCAGCGUGGUUUCAAUCGCGAGCAUUGUGCGCGACGAAGAGAGAGAGAGAGAGAGAAGAGGCGGCGGCGCUACUCGUACUCGACUCGAGGAAACGAGGUCGCGAGGGAGGGGAGGGGCGAAGGAGAGAAACGAGCGAGGCCCGCUCCCCCCUCCUCUCUUUCCCCCCUGAAGGAAAAGCUUUCGACGAGGAAGCUAUAUAUUCAAAGGGGGCGAACAAUUCCUCUUGAUAUUUGAGAAAAAUUGUUAUUCGCCGUGUUUGCUCGGACCGUUCGGCGGGGUCCGUCACGACUGUACAACGAAAUUCUGCCAUCGAAUGAACCAAUUUUUAAUGUGAUUUUUUUUUUUUUUUUUUUUUUUUUUUUCUUUGUCUCGACGCCUGGAUACGAGGAUAUUGAAACGGAUUUUGUUCGUUCGAGAUCGAGCGUCCUCGUUUAAAAGGGGGUGAAAAAAAAAAGAAAUAAUCGUUCGAACUUCUUCGAUCUAUUAUUGAAACGUUGGGCAAUUUUUUUCCCGAGGACCCGCAGCUGUGCAAUAGUUUCAUCAUCUCGUCUCUUAUUAACGAGAAACGGAUAUAUAAUUUUUUUUCUUUUUCUUUUGCGGAAUUCUCGUACGCCAUGCGUUGAUUUUUACUACUGAAUGGAAAAUGUGCGGAUAAUAAAAUCAUGUAUAGCGAUUAGCAACAACGAGUCGCAACGUACCGUCCACGCAACGUAGCUGUUAAGUAUAUUAAAUAACGUUAAUCGAUUUAUAAAAAAAAAAAGAAAAAAAGAAAAAAAAAAGAUGCGGUUUGAAUGUGAUCGUACGAAUGCGUGAAUCCUGUGAAUAUAUACGUACGAAUGAUCGGCCCGUGAACUUAAAUAAUUGUAAGACCCUCCCCCCCCUAUUGUAAUACCCGUUGUACAAUAAGAUCUUUUUUUUUUUAUUUAUAACCGCGCGUUUGCUCAUUUUAUUAUUUUAUUAUUUUUUUUUAACGAGAGAUUCGACCAAUGGUAGGCAUAUCGUUGUUACGUGUAUGUUGUUACAAAAAAAAAUAAGAAGAUGUGUUCGACAAUUCACGCAUCCUGUGUCUCUUCGCUCUUCCGUUUGUUUUUUUUUUUUUUCUUCGAUCGAGCUUCCUUUCUUUUCUCUCGUUCGAACUAUCGUCGAGAUCGUCAACUCAUCGCCGUAAAAAUGAUACAUAUCCUGCGUGGAUCAGAUGUACGGAUAUUUUUGCCGAAGUGUUUUCAAAGCGCAAGUGUUUGAAUAAUAAUUGUAGCGUGAAACGUUCUGCGGAAUUUCGAGUAUUGGGAUAUUUGGAAUCGAUUAUUCGAUCGGGAAAUAUUGUACUUAAAGCGAUUAUUUUAAAAUUUUAACGCGAAGAACGAGGAAUGGUUAACAAGGAAAUCGCGAGACUUGAUCGGUUUAAUAAUCUCUAGUCGUGCGGCGAACAUCCCGACUAUAUCAUAACAUAGAGAAUUUAUCUUUCGAUUGUUUUAUUUAAAAAAAAAUAAGGAAAAAAGAACGACCCGCAUCGUCAAUUCGUGGACUAGAGCGUCAAUCAUUUACUAUAUAUAUACAUAUAUAUAUAUAGUUAUACACGUGUUGCGUGAAAUGACCGAAAUACGAAUGCUGUAAAAAAUUGUUAAUACUUUUAAUAAAUCUAUUAUAUUUACAUAAA